AUGAAUAGAGCAAAUUCAUUUGUGUUGUUAUAUUACAUUAUAUUUUUGCUCUUUUGGAAUGGAAUAAAAAUUUUUCAAAGGACGGUAGAGGGUACACAGAGGACCGAAGAUGUAACGAUUUACGAAAUCGGUUUAGCCAGAACAGUUGUCUGCGUUGACCAUCACAAAAAGGCUAUAUUGCAGUGUAAGCCAAAGCACGUAUUGAUUGUACACGCCGCGCAGUGGUCGAACGCUACGUGUACCAAUAAGGACGAGCUGGAAAGGUAUAUAAACGGCCAAAGGAUAACUAGCACCUAUCUUUUUUUCAACAGAACCGAAGCAUUACAGCUUCUAUGCGAUGGUUUAUCCAGCUGCUUUCUCAAACCAUCCAAAACGAGGCAUUACUCGCUCACAGUCUCCGCCUCUUGCAUCAACCGCGACCUGAAUGUGAGGGGAAGGAAAGUAACCGAUACCAUAACCAGCAAGGACAGCAACGUCGAUUUCGGCUGUAACGAGGACGAGGUCAUCCACCUCUCGAUCACAAGGGUGGAUGGGUACGCCGAACGCGGACCCAAUAGGUCCCUCACGCAGUACAACUUCGGCCCUCACCUGUUCGAUUGUAACCUAAAGCAGAAAUGCCAAGUAACCAGCGAUCACCUUAAAAAAUGUGAAACUGGAGACAACCCGCUGGAAUUCGGAACCGCAGUGCUGGUGUACUACUGCAGAAAGCCCAUGAGGUUCUCCUUCUGUGAUCACGUGAAGGUGUUAAUCGGCGAGAGCAAGACCGUCGAUAACUACGUUUUGUACGCCGAGCAGGACUCCCAGGUUACUGUGAAGGCCAACAUAUUUCAAGUUCUUAAGGUCGAAUCGGCGCUUUGGUCAACACCCGAUAGCCUUACCGACGAGCUUGUCAAAAAGGAUCGUGUCGAUUUGCUUAAGUUUUUAUGCGAUGAUCGCAACUACUGUGCCUUCACCCCCAAACGUUCUGCUGCGGGGGCUGUGGAGUCCUCUUUCGAAGAGGUCCACUUUGGUGGAAUCUUGAGGCAGGACAAGCCCCUGGUCCUGGUGGCACGAUUUGGAACUAGACAUGUAAAGGAGUUAACUGACGGAUCGAACGGAGUUAAGGUUAAAACUGUCGCAUUGAAGGAUAAGUUAAGCAUAGAGUGCAAAACUGAUGAGGGGACCAUACACGUGUUAUCUGGAAUAGCUGGUCCCACGGGCACAACUAACCCUACCGCUAGUAGUAAUGACCCAGAUGCUAAUUCUGUUAAGUUCAAGGACCUGACCAAGGUUAUGCACAAAAUUUGUUAUCGUAAGAAGGUCUGUGAGUGGAAUCUAAACCCGUUGGGAGGCGAAACAGCGGGACAAAACACAGUUCCGGCUGGGCUUGAGAACCAGGAACUCACAGUCAAGUUCGUGUGCAAGAAGUACACCCACGACCCGAGUCUCGUUAGCGUCAGGGCGCCCUCAACUGCGCUUUUGGAGAUGGGUGAAGCACUCGGAAGUCCCACCUCGGUCGUGGACACUGAGCAGGCCCAGGUGGUGUACCUGAUGGAGAACAAGAAGCUGUUUAUAAACUUGGAUGUAUACGGUGCGUGCACCGUCACCGUCGGUGACUUCUUCACCAUCAAGGUGCCCGAGAAUGGCGGGGGGUCUGUAGAGGCCUACUUCACUAAACACGAGGCCACCAAAUUCACUCAGGCUCUCACUUUGAACUCAACCAAGUAUAUUUUCUACGUUGGAAUGGGAAACGACUACGUCGAUUUCGCUUUGGACGCCUCUGAUGGGUCAAAAGACCAACAUCACACCAGCAAGAUUAGUCAAGGGUCCAGCUUCGAGUUCCCUCUUCUGCUCAAGGACGUGGUCAAGGCCACUGGCAAGAUCGUAGGCAUGCGCAUAAUGUAUAUUAAUUGUGCUACGUGCUUAGUUACGUUGUCGUUGGGACCGCUGCCCUCGCCCUCUCCCGCAUCGCCUCAAGCUACGCGAAGUUAA